UCUACAAUCUCUUACAAACUGUUUUUCAUAUGAUCGUCUAGUCUUACUUAAUAACGCUUUACAAGUAUUGCUAGUCUUAUGAUAACUGGAUCUGUACUGUUCUAAGCUAGUAGAGAUGAACAUAUUCCAGUUCUUUUACCUUCUUCUAGGUAGUUUCUUGACUUGUUUCGUUAUUCAUGGUGGACAGUCGUUCGUUCUACGUGGUACCUGGCAUGGUAUAAGCGAGGACGUAAUUGAACUAAACUUGCCUCAAGAUAUGGACCAUGCUUCUCUAACUGAUAAGCUAGUAUUUACUGACCAAUCUGUCUCAGCAGGGCACUCCUGAAUGACUUUCCAUACAUUUGUACGGGGUGUAACUUGACUGUAUAUCAUGUUCAUAGUUCUAAACGUGAAUUAAAAAACAGCGUGAUCUCUGUUCACUAACGGUGGAAGAGUAUUUAGAUCGACAAUAUCCUCAGUCUCAUGAGUGAUUACCAAGUCCAACAGAGAAGAACCUUGGUUGGCACCAAAACGUGUGGGUUUGGAUACAUGCUGCACUAAUGCAUGCUCCAUUAUUGUUACCAGGAACCUACUAUCAAAGGAGUUUAUAGAUUCUUCCGUGGUCAUCUCAGUCCAACUAAUAUCAGAUGCAUUAAAGUCUCCUAAUAUCAAGCAUCUGUUUUUUGCACUCCAUAGCCGAAUAUGCUCUAAAAUAAAGUCAUCAAAUAAGCAGAUUGGGCUGUGAUAGAUGACACCAAGUAUAAAUGUAUCACACCGAUAGUCAGCUCACAGCUAGUGACUUCACAAGUUCCACUGUCAUGGGAUUCGCUAGCAGAGGAGCGGAUAUUUAUAUUAUUGGCUAUGUAUAAAAGGACAUCACCUUUUUUCCCUUCAUCUUCUUUUCUAUCACUUCUCAGGUAGUGGUAUCCGGAUAAUUCUAGAGUAAUGUCGAAUUUCUGGACUAACCAAGUUUCUGUCACAGCUACAAUGCGAUUUACGGAUUUUUAUCAUGAUUGGUUCUUAUUUGUUAUGAAUAGUUGCAUGACUCACUUUUUUGUUGUUAUUUGCUCGUGAUUGGUUUAAUUCUCACAUAUUUGUAUAUAAAUACUAAAUAUUAAAGUAAAAAUUGAUAUUUCGUUUGAAUUAAAAGGCUGUGAACAUCCUAAGUAAUAGUCAAACGUUUUACGGUUUCCUUAGUUUCAUUAAGGUAUAGGUUCAAGGAAUUCAAUGUUCUUUGAUGUAACGAACUUUUACUAACCGACGGCAAACAAACAAGAAAUUUUGUGUGCCUCUGAUUCUGUUUAGUUAUUCAUAUUGCUCAUUUCAUCUAAAUGGCCUUAUGUUGAACAAAUCAGGUACCAGAAUAAUAUACAUGUAUAUAGUCGCAAUGUUUUCACUCUUGUUUCUUGCGGCUCCAAGAAGUGGCUAGAAAUGCUAAAGGGGAAACCUUUUGUGAGAACUUGCAUCUCAACAUUUCAUUCGGCAUACAUGUGAUUUUAUUCAUAAUUUGGAAGUCUGUUACAAUAUUUUUUAUAGAAAUUAGUGAUUAAAAGACAAACUUUACAAAUCGAACUACUGGAAAGUAAACUCAAAAUACUCCAUGCUGACGAGAGAAAAGAUAAUAUUGAAGUGACCGAUCAGAAAAAUAUAGAAAGGCUGCAGAAAUAUUGCGAAGAGUUACAAGGACAAAUUCUUGAAAUGAAGGAAUUUUUUCAUGACCAUGGUCUCAUGUGGAUAGGAAGACAAUCAACUGAUCAUGUAAUCAGUACAAGACAUGAAACUGGUCUAAAAUUCAACGAAACAACCUUCAGUCGCUUAGUUCAACAGAUUUAUUUAUUAAAUGAUUGGAACAACGAUGCGCACAAUGAGAAAAAAAUUGUUUCAGAAUCCAAUUCAUCUAAUAUAGUUUGCCUGCAAAAUCAAUCACCAAUUCCACUAACUCUAUAUGCAGAUGGAUUAUGCUUUGAUUCUGGACCAUUUCGUCCUUAUAAAAAUCAUGAUACGCUACAAUUCGUCCAAGAUAUACUGGACGGUUACUUUCCAUCAGAAUUGCAAUCUUCUUAUCCAAAUGGGGUUCAAUUCAAACUAAUCGAUAAACACACAACUCAUUUUAUGUUAUUAAAAAAACCAACAUCAUUUUCAGCAUGCGGUUAUAAACUCGGGAGUUCUUUAACAAAUGAACAAGAUGCAGGUCAGGAAGUUUCUUUCAGUAAUGAGAAACACAUACCAAACAAUGAUAAAAACGAAGAAUUCAGUAUUGGACAAAUUGAAAAUCAAAUGAAAGCAGAAUGUAAUGCCUCAUCCAAUAAACUAACUUCAAACACAUUAAGUACUAAUGGGCGAAAUAAAUCUUUAACUUUUGAUGAAUUGCUAAAACGUUUACCGGAGUAUAAAUUAACAAAAUCUGGUCAGCUGUUAAAUAUUAGAAAAGACAUAAAAAGUGAAUUUGGUGAACAAAUUAAUGUUCCGUCAACUAGAAUAAUUAAAACUGAUUACAUAUUUAAAAAUAACACAAUAGACAAGAAUCAAUUAAAAUCAGAACUUAUAACAUUAAGGAUUUAUUCGGAAAAUGGUUUGCAAAUUUACAAUGUUGAAAUGCAUCCAGAAGAUACAAUAGGAGAGUUAUAUGCAACAUUAGAUCAUGCUAGAUCAAAAACACUAUCAAAAACCAAUAGAAAUUAUCGUCUUGUAGCUAUGUGUUUACCAAACACUAUUGAAAAUCCCAAUGAACUAUGCAAUCACCAAAUGUUAGUUGAUCUUUCUGCAACAUUGGUUGCGUCUGGCAUAGUAGAUCGUACAACGCUUCGUAUGGAACUAAUUCCACAUGAAUUGACGAAAAAUCAACCACAGUUUGAUGUUAAUAAUGCUUUGUCAGCUAAACGGUUAAACUUAUGGAGUCAAAAUGAAUCAAUAACACCAAAUAGUACAAUGAAUUAACCUCUUUAAUGAAUUGCUAAAACCAUCAGAACUGGGUUGAAUAUUGUAUAUUUGUCACAACUUUUACAACUAGAGAAAGCACAAAUAUUUUAGUAUAACAGUUUUAUGUUGAAUAGAAUAAUCGUAUCAGAAUUCA